CGUCUUUAUUUUGAGAGACUGUCAAAAAUUAGGGUUUGGUUUUUCGGGCUGCGAAUUAGGGUUUCUGAUUGGAUCCCCUUCUUCUCCAUCAGAUCCAUCAACUCUAUCAUCGUCUUCUUCUCUUUCUUCUUGAUCUGUCGCCAUGACGGACGGCUUCUGGAACCGGCAGCAGGCGCAUCUCCCUGCUUCCGGCAUGCUCAAACGACCUCGUACCGAAUACGAUAUGUCACCUUCUGGUCUGUCUCAAGGUAAUGAGAUGCACAAUUAUAUUGCUCGAGAUGAUGACCAUACUGGCCAACGAAUGCUAAAGGACACUAAGACACUUGGGUCUGCUUAUGACCGCUACCUUCAGAGUGCAGGGCAGCUUACUUCAUUUAAUUCUGGGGAAGCCAGUGCAAUUGGUAGUGUUGGAUUGGCAAGGGGUGUUGGUGGGUUGCCGAGCCAUUCGCUAGCUGAUCCUGCUGUCAUGGGGCAUCCUGGUGGCGGUCCUGAUCUUGCACGAAAUGGGCGAAGUGUCAACUAUGGUGGUCAGUUACCAGUAGAUGCAGUUUCCAGGCCUGGACCUGAAACAGUACCUCUACCCCCAGAUGCUUCAAGCACUUUAUAUGUUGAAGGUCUCCCAUCUGACAGCACGAGAAGGGAAGUGGCCCAUAUUUUUCGUCCUUUUGUUGGAUAUAGAGAAGUGAGACUUGUGAGCAAAGAAUCUAAACAUCGUGGUGGAGAUCCUCUGAUCCUUUGUUUUGUGGAUUUUGCAAAUCCAGCUUGUGCAGCAACUGCCCUGAGUACCUUGCAAGGUUAUAAAGUUGAUGAACUGAAUCCUGAGUCUAGUCACUUGCGGCUUCAGUUUUCUCGGUUUCCUGGUCCCAGAUCUGGACCUGGACCUCGUGGCAAGAGGAAUUGAAAUUAAGAGUUCACUUGCUAAAGUGGCAAUUGUUAUUAGCUUGGCUUCAAUGAUGCCACGGUUCACAGCUCAAAAAAGUCGGAAUAUGAUAGGUACC